AAGUAGAAGGGCCCGGCGUUUCCAUGGCGGCGUCCUUGGGGCAGGUGCUUGCUCUGGUGCUGGUGGCCGCACUGUGGGGUGGCACGCAGCCGCUGCUGAAGCGGGCCUCCUCCGGCCUGCAGCAGGUGCAUGAGCAGACGUGGGCCCGGCAGCUAUUGCAGGAGAUGAAGACUCUCUUCUCGAAUACUGAGUACCUGAUGCCCUUUCUCCUCAAUCAGAGUGGCUCCCUUCUGUACUACUUGACGUUGGCAUCAACAGAUCUGACGUUAGCUGUGCCCAUCUGUAACUCUCUGGCCAUCGUCUUCACACUGAUGGUUGGGAAGGUCCUUGGAGAAGAUGUUGGUGGGAAAGAAGCAGUGGCUGGCAUGGUACUCACCGUCACAGGAAUCACACUGUGCAUCACAAGUUCGGUGAUCAAGACCCAGGACCAACCGUCGAGCACUUGAGUGGGCCAGCCCACCUUCAUCUCUGCUGUGCUUGGCGGAUGCUAGGCACUGAGGUGCAGACAGUGACCCACCAGCUCCUCUCUCAUGUCUCAGGUCACAUCUACCUCAGGGGUCACAAUAAGAAAUGCACUGUCCAGAGGACGUUUUCAGGAUAGCCAAGGCUACUCAGAAACCCUGCCUCAAAAACCCAAACAGACAAAGGACAGCACUGGGCAGGUUUUAUAACCUUUACUGGGUCCCACAGUUGAGAUUUAGCACUGGAGCCAGGCAUGGUGGAGCACGCCUUUAAUCCUAGCACUCAGAAGGCAGAGGCAGGUGGACCUCUGUGAGUUUGAGGUCAGCCUGGUACAGAGCAAGUUCCAGGAUAUCCAGGGCUACACAGAGAAACUCUGUCUUGAAAAAACAAAAACAAAACCAAAAAGGAUUAAAAGGACUUGGCACUGGAGACUGUACAGACCGUCAGCGCCUCUGCCCUGCAGCCAUCUUGUCUUCCUGCUGCCACCCGAGGCAGUGUUACCCAGCCUCCACUACCUGACCUGCUCUAGACUGUCAGCAUCCACAGUGCCUCCACUACAUGGGAAGGGCUGGCUGCAGUCUCAACCAGGAGUGGCUGGACGCCUCCACAGCUCCAUUCCAGUGCUUUGGCUGACUGACGGUGGGAUUCAGGGAGAGGGUCACAUCAGAAUGUCAGGUGGAAGAAAAACAAGCUGGCCCUGGGCAAAGUGCUCAACUGCCAGUCCCUCAAGUAGACAGCUGUGUGGCGAGCAGCACCUAGCUGCAGCAAACAUCUGGCCAGUAGCAGCUUUCAGUAAAUCUACAGCAAACAAAGCUUAGCAAAUAUUUUAUUUUAUGAGCCUGCUCCUAAAUGGAGUCUUUCUCUGGCAGGGAUCACGUAAGGAAGUAGCCCCCAUAGAACUUGCUCGCCUGUGACUGAGGAGGCCUCACUUACUGAGAGCCCAGGAGGCAUGGCUUCUCUAGAACAGGUUGCUGAGGGCUGGGGACUAGAGGUGGCUGGGAGUAGUUGUCCCCAGUUUGUAUCUGGAGCUCCCAGCUCUUAAAAUGGUGGAGCAUGGUCCGUAGUUGGGACUACAGCCCAGGCUGGUGUUGUGCAGACAAGGCCUCUACUGCUGUCUCUGCUGCCCUCUGGUGGAUGUGUGGAGACAUAGAGCUAUCUGUAUGCCCAAUUUGCAUAGACUGCCAGAGGUCCCCACACACGAAAGGAGCCUACUGGAAAUUUGAACGCCUUACAAGGAAAACAGGAAGCCAGGCUUUCAGAUUUAUAUCUGCUCAGUCACCAGGAAGAUGCGCCGUGGAUUUUAGGUCAGAUCUCUGCCCAUCUUAAGGCUUCCCAGUGUCAAUGUGAUGGGCUUACCUGAUCCACUUCCUAAGCCCCAGAUGUCCCCUUCCUCGGGUACAGAGAAGCCCCAUACACUCCCUUAACUCCUAAUAAACAGGCAACAUUGGCUGAUACCCAGGCUCUGGGGCCCUCAGCCUCCUGUGCCUUCACCCGCUAUA